GCCUGCGAAGCAGUAAACCAGCACCUCUGUUUGUUUGUUUGCUUUGUCCAUAGUUCAACUGCUCCCAACCCACACACCAAGGAUCCUGAAUCUGUCCACUCUUGGCGAAGCGAGACCUUCUGGCUGGGUCCCUCCGAUUUGGGCUGAUUUUGCGCCUCCAAACAACCUUAGCAUGAUGUCUUAUCUUAAGCAACCGCCUUACGCUGUCAAUGGGCUGAGUCUGACCACUUCGGGCAUGGACUUGCUGCACCCUUCAGUGGGCUACCCGGGGCCCUGGGCUUCUUGUCCCGCAGCCACUCCCCGGAAACAGCGCCGGGAGAGGACGACGUUCACCCGGGCGCAGCUAGACGUGCUGGAAGCUCUAUUUGCUAAGACCCGGUACCCAGACAUCUUCAUGCGGGAGGAGGUGGCGCUGAAAAUCAACUUGCCCGAGUCCAGGGUGCAGGUGUGGUUUAAGAAUCGGAGAGCUAAGUGCCGCCAACAGCAGCAGCAGCAACAGAACGGAGGUCAGAACAAAGUGAGACCUGCAAAAAAGAAGACCUCACCAGCUCGUGAAGUGAGUUCAGAGAGUGGAACAAGUGGCCAGUUCACUCCCCCCUCUAGCACCUCAGUCCCGGCCAUUUCCAGCAGCAGUGCUCCCGUGUCUAUCUGGAGCCCAGCUUCCAUCUCCCCACUGUCAGAUCCCUUGUCCACCUCCUCUUCCUGCAUGCAGAGGUCUUAUCCCAUGACCUAUACUCAGGCUUCAGGUUAUAGUCAAGGAUAUGCUGGCUCAACUUCCUACUUUGGGGGCAUGGACUGUGGAUCUUACUUGACCCCAAUGCAUCACCAGCUUCCUGGACCAGGGGCCACACUCAGCCCCAUGGGUACCAAUGCAGUCACCAGCCAUCUCAAUCAGUCCCCAGCUUCUCUUUCCACCCAGGGAUACGGAGCUUCCAGCUUGGGUUUUAACUCAACCACUGAUUGCUUGGAUUAUAAGGACCAAACGGCCUCGUGGAAGCUCAACUUCAAUGCCGACUGCUUGGACUAUAAAGACCAGACGUCCUCAUGGAAAUUCCAGGUUUUGUGAAGAUCUGUAGAACCUCUUUGUGGGUGAUUUUUAAAUACACUGGGCUGGACAUUCCAGUUUUAGCCAGGCAUUGGUUAAAAGAGUUAGAUGGGAUGAUGCUCAGACUCCUCUUCUGAUCAAUGUUCCGGGAGGCAUAGAAGGAGAAAUGAAGGGCCUUAGAAGGGCCUACCAACCAGCAACCGGAAAUGGACAGACCAGUCUACUUCAGAUCCUGUCAUAGUUUUAGAUCAUUGGUUUUCCUGAUUUGCAAAGUGAUCAAAAGCAUUCUAGCCACGUGCAACCAAACACCACCAAAAAGAAACGAAACUAAAUUGUGAGGGAAAGGAAGGCAGGACAUAGCCUUCUUAAGCAGAGGUGUUCCAGUGUUUUAGCCAAUCCGUGGUUGAUACUUAGGAAUGGCCAGUGUCUCAAGCUCACUCACGUUUCAUGACCAACUGGUAGUUGGCACUGAAAAACUUUUCAGGGCUGUGUGAAUUGUGCGACUGAUUGUCCUAGAUGCACUACUUUAUUUAAAAAUAAUGUUCAUAAGGAGUCAAUAUGUAGUUUAAGCGACAAUCGGUGUGUGUCUUAUAUAAAUGGUACAUCUGUGGUUUUUAAUCUGUGCUAGACUUCAAAACUGUGAUCUCCUGUUAUUGUAUGCAACCUUGAACUCCACCUCCGCAGGGGUUCUUCCGUGAUUAAAUAGGUUAUAAUUAUAAGCAAAUGCAGAGCAACUGAGUACUUAUCAAAAAGAUUACCUUUGGCUGGAGGUGAGCUGCACUGAAACUUAUAACAAAAAUGUCUCUGGACAAGGAGAGUGAGAGAAGAGAAACAAAAGGACACUAAUUCAUCUGUAAUUUACUGUUGGUAAGCCUAGCAGUAAAGAGACAUUGGUCAAUUGCUCUGACCCUGAUGAAUUUAUAAACUGAGAUCAUUGUCGUUUAUGCUUGCAGAUGUUAACUGGAAAAGUUAUAUAUGCAUAAACCUUUUCUUCCUGGAUUUGGCAGAUAUGUAUAAUUAUAUUAAAAUGGUUC